GGAUCGUCCAAAACGCACGGUCUCAGUUGCCCUCCGCUGAACUUCAUUGAACCAGACGACGCCUGUUCUUCCCCUACUGCUCCCAAAAACAUUUAUAAAAAGGGGAGGGAAAAAAAAAGGCCAUGCCGGAAGAGACGAAAGCAAUUGACUACGUGAUGGAGGCGGCGUCUGGGCCCCACUUCUCCGGCCUCCGCCUCGACGGUCUCCUCUCUUCUCCGCCGCCGUCGUCGUCCUCCUUCUCCCCCUCGCACCGCUCCUCCGCCUCCGCCUCUUCCGCUUUCGCCGACUCCAACGCCCCACGGCAGCCCUUCGUCAUCGGUGUUUCGGGAGGUACGGCCUCCGGUAAGACCACGGUCUGCGACAUGAUAAUCCAACAGCUUCAUGAUCACCGCGUCGUGCUCGUCAAUCAGGAUUCGUUUUACCGUGGUUUGACUCCUGAAGAAUCCGAACGCGUACACGAGUAUAAUUUUGAUCAUCCUGAUGCGUUCGACACUGAACAACUUCUAGACUGUAUUAUAAAGCUCAAGUGUGGACAAUCUGUCCACGUUCCUAUCUAUGAUUUUAAGGAGCAUCGACGCUCUUUGGAUAGCUUUCGGCAGGUUAAUGCUUCUGAUGUUAUUAUAUUGGAGGGGAUUCUAGUUUUCCAUGACCAACGCGUCCGCAAUCUGAUGGACAUGAAAAUUUUUGUUGAUACAGAUGCUGAUGUAAGGCUUGCUCGUAGAAUAAGGCGAGACACAGUUGAGAGGGGUAGGGACGUAAACUCUGUCCUUGAACAGUAUGCUAAGUUUGUCAAGCCUGCUUUUGAUGAUUUCGUUCUCCCAUCCAAGAAGUAUGCUGAUGUGAUCAUUCCCCGUGGAGGUGAUAAUCAUGUUGCUAUUGAUUUGAUUGUGCAACAUAUUCACACAAAGCUUGGCCAACACGACCUUUGCAAGAUAUAUCCCAAUGUUUAUGUUAUUCAAUCAACAUUUCAGAUUAGAGGAAUGCAUACACUGAUUCGAGAUCGAGAUAUAUCAAAGCAUGAUUUUGUAUUUUAUUCGGAUCGACUUAUUCGCCUGGUUGUGGAGCAUGGACUUGGGCAUUUCCCAUUCACUGAGAAGCAAAUCGUAACUCCAACAGGAUCAGUAUAUACUGGGGUUGAUUUCUGCAAAAAAUUAUGUGGGGUUUCCAUUGUUCGAAGUGGUGAGAGCAUGGAAAAUGCAUUACGUGCAUGUUGCAAAGGAAUAAAAAUUGGAAAAAUCCUAAUUCAUCGGGAUGGAGACAAUGGGAAACAGCUUAUAUAUGAGAAACUUCCCAAGGACAUUUCAGAACGUCAUGUCUUGCUUCUAGAUCCUGUUCUUGCUACAGGUAAUUCUGCUAACCAAGCAAUUGAGUUACUGAUACAGAAAGGAGUUCCAGAAUCUCACAUUAUAUUCCUCAACUUAAUUUCUGCUCCUGAAGGAAUCCAUUGUUGUUGCAAGCGAUUCCCAUCCUUAAAGAUUGUUACUUCAGAGAUAGAUGUUGCAUUAAAUGAAGAGUUCCGUGUGAUUCCGGGGUUGGGCGAGUUUGGUGAUCGCUACUUUGGUACAGAUGACCAAUGAAAAGCACAAAGAAAAAUAUUGCGACUGAUCAGACUAUCCAAUAAGCUUGGCCUUUUUUUUUUUCUUCUUUUAUUUUUUCAUAUCCUACAUUGUUCAGAGAAUUGACAUGGUGACUAAAUAUUAUAGUUUCACCAUGCAUGAGUUGUGUCAACUAUCAAGUUGUGAUCUGCCUAAUGAAUAACAUAUGUGUAUUCCCAAUCAAUUUCUAGAAGUCAUAUUUCCUAUAGACGGAU